UAAAAACCAAAAACCAUUGUGGCUAAGGAUAAAUCCACAAUGCCACAACAUUUCUUAAAAAAAAAAACCAUUGUGGCUUUGCUCAAAAUCUAGUGACUCGUUGCUUUUAUUUAUCCACUCAAUUUCGCAUCUGCUGCAUUGUUGCCCACUUACAGUCUGAACUCAGCCUUCAAACUAACUAGGCCGAUCCCUAUAUGCCUAAGAGCUCCGAGGCUGUUUUAAGUUAAUCAACUAAUUAGUGGAAACUGGGACAGUAUGGCAUUUGUUAUGGCACCUUUAACAUAUGCUCCAGCUUACAAAGUAGUUCAUGACGGGAGAACUUCACAAGUAACAAUUCCUAGUGCUGCAAGAAGUCUCCGUUACAAAUCACUUUGGCAAUGCUCGGCUACUGCUACUGAUACUUCCUUGUCAUACGAGGUAGAGACUAGAAAGCAUGAUUUGUUGAGAGCAAUUCAAGAUACUGAAAGGGGGCUCAAAACAACACCUGACCAACGAUCUUCCAUUGAGGAGGCACUAGUGACUGUAGAGAGAUAUGAUGCUGGUGAGCCAAUAGAUUUGGCAAAACUGGACGGUACAUGGCGUCUUCAGUAUACUUCUGCUCCUGAUGUUGUCGUCCUUUUUGAAGCUGCUAGUAGACUUCCGAUUCUACAGGUGGGUCAGAUUUUCCAGAAAUUUGAAUGCCGUAAUCAAUCUGAUGGUGGUGUUGUCCGCAAUAUAAUCAAGUGGAGCAUUCAGAACCUACUAGAGGAAAAUGAAGGUGCUACCCUGCUCGUUUCUGCCAAGUUUUCAGUGGUUUCACGUCGCAAUAUCUACCUUCAGUUUGAAGAGAUCACUCUUCAAGACAUUUCCAUAAGUGAGCAGGUACAAGCUGUUAUUGCUCCAGCACUCUUACCAAGAACAUUUUUAAGCUUACAGAUUCUGCAGUUUUUCCGCUCCUUCAAAGCUCAGAUUCCUGUAACAAGCACAAGCCCUCAGAGGCGAUCAGUAGGGGGAUUAUAUUACCUUUCCUACUUGGAUAACAACAUGCUCUUGGGUCGUGCAGUUGGAGGUGGAGGGAAUUUCGUGUUUACUCGAGCUCAACCUUUUGUCUGUUGAUAAUGCUCAGGCCCCCAGUUUCCCUUGUCAAAGUUUAUACUUUCACAUAUAUUUUGACCAGAAUUUGGUCUGAUGGUUAAAUUUGUUUCAAUCAGUAAAGUAUCAAUAUAAUUAUGUUAUUAUUUUGUGUA